UCCAACCACUGCGAUUCCAUCUUUGUGAACGGGAAGGAAAUGAAGAGCAAAGUGGACACGACCGUGAACUUCACGCACCAGCACUUCACCUCCCAGCUGGAGGUCACCGUCUGGGCGCCCCGGCUCCCCCUGCAGAUUGAGAUCUCAGACACGGAGCUGAGCCAGAUCAAAGGCUGGAGGAUCCCCGUGGCCUCCAACAGAAGGCCCACGCGAGAGAGCGAGGACGAGGAGGACGAGGAGAAGAAGGGCCGGGGAUGCUCCCUGCAGUACCAGCACGCCGCCGUGCGCGUCCUCACCCAGUUCGUGGCCGAGGCGCCCGACUCGGGUCCGCUGAGCUACAUGCUGGGCCCCGACUGGCAGUUCGACAUCACUGACCUCGUGGCCGAUUUCAUGAAGGUGGAGGAGCCGAGGAUCGCGCAGCUCCAGGGCGGCAGGACCCUGGUGGGCCGGGAGCCGGGGAUAACCACGGUGCAGGUGCUCUCACCUCUGUCCGACUCCAUCCUGGCUGAGAAGACAGUGAUCGUGCUGGAUGACCGCGUCACCAUCGCCGACCUGGGCGUGCAGCUGGUGGCCGGCUUGUCUCUUGCCCUGCAGCCUCACAGAGCGGACAAGAGGGCUAUUGUCUCGACGGUGUCUGCCCAGGACGUCCUCCAGGCCCCGCAGCAGGAAGCAAUAGUCAGUUCUUGGAUUUUGUUCAGUGAUGGUUCGGUGACACCCUUAGACAUUUAUGAUCCCAAGGAUUUUUCAGUUACUGUGUCAUCAUUGGAUGAAAUGGUGGUGUCUGUCCAAGCAAACCUUCAGUCCAGAUGGCCAGUUGUGGUCGCACAGGGUGAAGGGCAAGGGCCCUUGAUUAAAUUAGAAAUGAUGAUUAGUGAGCCCUGUCAGAAGACCAAGAGGAAGAGUAUUCUUGCCGUGGGUAAAGGGAAUGUCAAGGUCAGAUUUGAACCAAAUAUUGAUGAGCACCAAGGAGGCACCAACGAUAUUGAGGGCAUCAGUCGGGAAUACAGAGACCAUCUCAGUAAUUCCAUAGAGCGUGAAGGAAACCAGGAGAGAGCAGGUCAGGAGUGGUUCCAACAUGGCGCCUCUGUUGGCCAAGAGGAACGCAGCAACAAAAGCACAACCCCACAGUCUCCCCAGGAAGGAAAGGAUAAGAAGUCACUCAAGAGUGGCGGUCCAGACACCUGCACAAGCUUCCCCACUCAAGGGAAGUUACCGGAACCCAAUAAUCCCAGUGACCUGACAGUGACCUCCAGGGGGUUAAGUGACUUGGAGAUCGGCAUGUACGCUCUGCUCUGUGUCUUCUGCCUGGCCAUUUUGGUCUUCUUGAUCAACUGUGUGGCCUUUGCUUGGAAAUACAGACACAAAAGAUUCGCCGUGAGCGAGCAAGGCAACAUCCCCCAUUCCCACGACUGGGUCUGGCUUGGGAAUGAAGUAGAACUUCUGGAGAACCCCGUGGACAUCACCCUCCCGUCGGAGGAGUGCACGACCAUGAUAGACAGGGGCCUGCAGUUCGAGGAGAGGAACUUCCUUCUCAACGGCGGUUCCCAGAAGACUUUCCAUAGUCAACUGCUCAGACCCUCUGACUAUGUCUAUGAGAAAGACCUUAAAAGUGAGCCUAUAAAUCCAUCGGGCCCAAAGCGGAAGCGAGUCAAGUUUACUUCCUACACCACCAUCCUCCCGGAGGACGGCGGCCCAUACACCAACUCCAUCCUGUUUGACAGUGAGGACAACAUCAAGUGGGUCUGUCAGGACACGGGGCUGGGGGGUCCCCGGGACCUUAGAGACUAUAUGGAAAGCCUGCAAGACCACAUGUGAACUCCUUUCUUACGUUUGUAUUCACCUUUAUGCCUUCUGUUUUUUGAACGGUGGAGCAGUGAGUUUGUUCAGCAAUAGGGGAUGAUUUAACAAAGCUUCAUUUGGGG